UUCGCUAAAAUGUGUUUGACUGUCAUAGCUCUUCCUCGGAUGCCCAUGGCAUGCUGCAUUGUUUCGCGUUCGUUACGGAAUGCUGGGCAGCAGAUAAGGAAGUGGUGUGUGGAUUCGUUUGGAUAUGAGCAAUUGGGGCAUGCAGGCGAAUCGAUUCGGCGGAACAUCGAAGGCUUGGGCACGCUCUCACCACCGCAUUCGACGUCUUAUCGGACACUUCAUUGUCCUCGUUACCAGAGGCCGGCCAUUGGAGUCGUUCGAAACCGCAAAGCAGCUUGUCAGAUGUGUUGCUGAUGCGAUGGAAGCCUACCAAAAAGCCUAUGAGCUCGCAGGGAUUCUACACCGAGAUAUCAGUGUUGGGAAUAUCAUGAUGACUCUGAACCGGGAGUAUAGACGGGGCCUUUUCAUCGAUUGGGACCACUGUGUCCUUGUGGAUCGAGUUUGUGGAUCCUCUCGUAUUUCUCGAACGGGUACCUGGCCAUUUGUUUCAGCAUACCUUCUGGAAAAUCCGGAUGUUGAACACACUUUUGUUGACGAUCGAGAAUCAGCACUCUAUGUCCUUGUCUGGGUUGCCCUACGUCACCUUCCACACGCCUUGUUUGCAGGAAGUCUGAAGGCGACAUUGGAGAUUUUUGAUGCGUGUGUUGUUGAAUCUGGGCAACGCGAUGUAGGCGGAGGAGCCAAACAAAGCGCGUUGAUAGCGGACACCUUCAGCAGUGGGAUUGGACUUAAGGUCUCUGGGCUCGAAAUCUGUUUGGCGACAUUGUGCGAAAUCUUUGCUGCUCGGUAUAAAACAGUCACCAAUCACCGUUUCAAGUCUGCGGCUCAGAUUGCCGCCGAACUCGCCUGGCAAAAAGAGGCCCUCGCGCUGCUGGAAAAACCUUCUUGGUUCUAUGAUACCUUGAGGACCUUUUCCGAGGAGAUCGCGGAACCCCCGAAAGAAGGCACUGACUGGUGUGAUAAUAUGAAAUUGGUACAGGACGAGGCUGAACGCCGCGCAGGACGACAGAAACGGGACCUUAUGGACAAGCAGGAAUCCCACUCGAAGCAUUACAGAGGCUACGAUGGACUUGCAACACCUCCUAAGAUUUGAUUUAGAAGGGUUGUUUGAUUCGUUACAUCUGUGUGCACUACCCUUCAUCCAAUUUACUUACGGUCUUCCGAUCUGUCUAGCUCUAAAUUUAUUUGAACUCCCUAUCAGGGUCAUUGAAGUUCUAUAAACGCACCGUUUAAAUAAUCUGAGCGAUCCGAAGAUACUUUGUUUUU